CUUGGGCCAUCCAAGGUGGACCAUCCAUGGAUCACCAUUGUUCAAACAAGGCCUUGGGUUGUUAUCUUUUAUUUACCAUUUUUGUUUCUGUUUUUUCAACCCAUAGUUGUGCUCAGGAUGUUCCCGAAGAAUUUAUCUUCCCGGAACCACUCCCAGAGAAUAAUGAUGCUUUAUUAGCACCAGCACCAGCUCCAGAAUCAAGUACAAGUUUUGCAAAUGAGAGGCUCAGAAAGGCACAUGUUGCUCUUCAAGCAUUCAAACGGGCUAUUUACUCUGACCCUUCAAACAUAACCGGGAAUUGGGUUGGUGAAGAUGUUUGCUCCUACAAUGGUGUGUUUUGUGCUCCUGCACUUGACGACCCCACAGUGAAUGUGGUUGCUGGUCUUGAUCUCAACAAUGCAGACAUUGCAGGUCGCCUCCCAGAGGAGUUGGUCCAUUUGACAGAUAUUGCCCUUCUCCAUAUUAACUCCAACAGAUUCUGUGGAAUUGUCCCAAACAUCUUGGAGAAUUUCACACUCAUGCACGAGUUUGACAUUAGCAAUAAUCGCUUUGUGGGUGGUUUUCCUUCUGUGGUCCUCAAGUGGCCAAACUUGAAGUACUUGGACAUCAGAUUCAACGACUUUGAAGGACCCCUACCUCCGGAGCUAUUUGAGAAGGAUCUUGAUGCAAUCUUCUUGAACAACAACCGUUUCACAUCUAAGAUCCCGGACACUCUAGGAAAAUCCAAUGCCUCCGUGGUGACCUUUGCCAACAACAAUUUCAAGGGUUGCAUUCCCACGUCAAUUGGGGAGAUGAAGAACAUGAACGAGGUUGUGUUCAUGGGAAGUGGCCUUGGAGGGUGCUUGCCAAAGGAGAUUGGGAUGUUGGAGAAAGUGACUGUAUUGGAUAUCAGCAAUAAUGAGUUUGUGGGGACUCUUCCUAACAUGACAGGGUUGAAGAAUGUUGUGGUGAUCGACAUAGCGCACAACAAGCUUACUGGAUUUGUGUCUAACAAUGUUUGCCAGCUACCUUUGUUGAAGAACUUUACAUUCUCUCACAACUACUUCAGUGGGGAGGCUCAGGCUUGUGUGGCUUCUUUGGGUUCAAUGGUGCAUUUUGAUGACUCAGGCAAUUGUUUAUCAGGAAGGAAGAACCAGAAGUCAUCCAAGAAGUGCUUCCCAGAGCUGACUCGCUCUGUGGAGUGUAGCAAGCACUGUGGUGGAGGCAAUGGGCAUAGCUAUACCCAUCCUCAGACACCAAAGGUUCAACACUCACCACCACCACCACCCCUUGUGUUUUCACCACCUCCACCUGUCCACUCUCCACCACCACCACCAGUUCACUCCCCACCUCCACCUGUGCAAUCACCACCACCACCACCACCAGUCCACUCCCCACCUCCACCAGUUAACUCUCCUCCACCCCCACCCCCACCUGUUAACUCUCCCCCUCCACCUGUCCAAUUUUCCCCACCACCACCUGUUAACUCUCCACCACCCCCACCACCACUCAACUCUCCACCUCCACCUGUUCAAUCUCCUCCUCCUCCACCACCAGUCAACUCCCCACCACCACCUGUUAACUCUCCACCACCCCCACCACCACUCAACUCUCCACCUCCACCUGUUCAAUCUCCUCCUCCUCCACCACCAGUCAACUCCCCACCACCACCUGUUAACUCUCCACCACCCCCACCACCACUCAACUCUCCACCUCCACCUGUUCAAUCUCCUCCUCCUCCACCACCAGUCAACUCCCCACCACCACCUGUUAACUCUCCACCACCCCCACCACCACUCAACUCUCCACCUCCACCUGUUCAAUCUCCUCCUCCUCCACCACCAGUCAACUCCCCACCACCACCAGUCCAAUCUCCUCCUCCUCCACCACCACCACCUACCCAUUUUCCACCACCACCACCAGUUCAAUCUCCUCCUCCACCACCAGUUAACUCCCCACCACCACCACCUACCCAAUCUCCACCACCACCAGUUCAAUCUCCUCCUCCACCACCAGUCAACUCCCCACCACCACCACCACCAGUCCAAUCUCCUCCUCCACCACCAGUCAACUCCCCACCACCACCACCAGUUAACUCUCCACCUCCACCAGUUUUCUCCCCACCACCACCAAUCCAAUCUCCUCCUCCACCACCACCUGUUCAGUCACCUCCUCCACCAGUCCAAUCCCCAUCACCACCAACAUGGGAUGAUAUUUUCCUCCCGCCAUUCUUCGGAGCUGAAUACAGAUCACCACCUCCACCAACCAUUGUUGGAUACUAAAACACAAGUUUGCAAUGCCAUUAACAUCUUUUGCCUUUGCUUUUGCUAUAGUUCCAAAAAAGGAUUCUGUGUAAAUCUCAACUUCUACUCUGGGAAUACUAACACUAUAAUUAUUACUCAUUUCUAACACCACUUUAUACUAUGGGAAUACUAACUCUAUUACUCAUUUCUAA